AUGAAUGAUAUACUGAAAUCCCUUGAUGAACGUAUCUUAGAACUGGUAGAGGAAGACGAUAUCGAAAGUACCAUAGAAGAUUCCAGUGACUACCUCAAUGACGUCUACGCAAGUAAAUUCAAGAUUCAACGGUUAAUCGAAAGAAAGCGCAGGAAACCAACAAACCCACCCAGCCCCGGAACAGAGGAAACAACCCCACCGACAGUUUCAACUCCGCCGACAGUUACACCCAGUACAAGCGGUGACAAUACAGCACAGGUGAUGUAUUUCACUGCCCCGAAAACAAUAAGCCUGCCAAAACUUCAACUGCCGACAUUUAAUGGUAAUAUACUUCAAUGGGUGAGUUUCUACGAUGCCUUUAAAUCUGCAGUACACAGUGAUUCUAAUCUCGGAGAUGUCCAAAAGUUCCAAUAUUUACGUGCGCAACUUACAGGCGAAGCAGCUCGCGCCAUUGAAGGCCUUCAACUGACCGAUUCUAACUACAGACAUGCCAUUCAGAUUCUCGUUGAUCGUUAUGGACAAAACCAUAAAAUCAUCGCCGCAUACAUGAAAUCGCUAUGGGAGAUGCCAAAACCAACGGGUGAUCUCAACAGCCUGAAAAUUUUUUAUGACAGUCUUGAAAGUUAUAUUCGCGGUCUCCAAUCUUUGGGAAAAAGAGAAGACUCGUACGGCAAUCUGCUUGUGCCGAUUAUGCUAGAGAAAUUACCCGGUUACGUCCGAAAACAAAUUGCACAGGAACACUGCAAUUAUGAGUGGAAACUUUGCGAAUUACAUGAAGCUAUCCUUAAAGAAAUUGACGCAUUACAAGCCGGUUAUUCGCUCGACAAAUUUGACCGCGAACCACCUACUGAACCACCCGUCACCGCCGCGUUCUACGCUGGAACGUCUACAGAACCACGGAAACCACGAUCGUGUGCUUUCUGCAAGGGAGAACAUAGCCCAAAUAACUGCAAAGUUGUCAUCGAUUGCAAUAAACAAUUUGUGUUUUAA